AUGCUCCAGCGCCUCGCAACACCUCCAUCUUCCUUCCGGGCACUCUCGCUCUUCAAACCCGCACUCAGACCGGCAACCCAUUGUGUCCCCCGCCCCUCCUCUGCUCCUCCUUCGCGGACGUUCCACCGAUCCGCGAUCUUGCGCCAUGAGAAUCCCCUUGGUAUCCCCCGCCGCGAGGCCAACCCCGCACCGAAGCUGCCUCGCCGUGGCGGCCCUCCGGAGAAGUCACGGAUCCGGGGAGUGAAGCGAAUCAUCGUCGUUGCGUCCGGCAAGGGCGGAGUGGGGAAGAGCACCGUUGCCGCGAACCUUGCGCUUGCUCUCGCUCAGACGAGUCCCCUGGGCCGUGCGCCGCGGAUAGGUCUGCUCGACCUCGACAUCUUUGGUCCCUCCAUCCCGAAGCUGAUGGGGCUGGAGAGCGCACCGGAACCGGCACUUAGCGAGGCGCAGCGACCAGACACUGCUGUCGCGUGGCGUGGCCUCAUGGUGCAGAAGGCGGUCCAGCAGCUCCUCUUCGACGUCGACUGGUCGGAGGGUGGAGAGCUCGAUGCGCUCGUCAUUGACAUGCCCCCGGGAACGGGUGACGUACAGCUCACGCUUGGUCAGCUCGUCGCCGUCGACGGUUCCGUUAUCGUCAGCACGCCCCAAGACGUAGCGCUCAUCGAUGCGCGCAAGGGUGUCGCCAUGUUCAACAAAGUCAACAUUCCGGCAGGCAAGGUCCCGCUCGUGACGCAGGUCAGCGACGGAGGCGACGACGGACGUCCGGUCAUGGUCCAGAGCGGAAAGCAGGGAGACGAGGUUCGGGACACCAUGAAGAAGGUCGGGUCAGAGGUCUGGGACUGGCUCGAGAACCACCCCGUCGAGACCAGCAUCGGUGUCCGCGGAUAG